AUGAAUAUCUUUCGUCUAACGGGAGAUCUUUCCCAUCUGAUCGCGAUUCUCAUUCUCAUACAAAAGAUAUGGAAAAGCAGGAGUUGUGAAGGAAUUUCUGGUCGAUCUCAGAUGUUGUUCGCAAUGGUUUUCGUCACUCGAUAUCUUGACCUCUUCACACAUUAUGUCUCAUUCUACAAUACACUGAUGAAGGUUUUCUACCUCGGAUCUUCGUUUGGAGUUCUCUGGUUGAUGUGGCAUAAAUUCAAGGCGACUUACGAUAGGAACAACGACACCCUUCGAGUGGAACUCUUGGUGGUUCCUUGUGUGGUUUUGGCUCUCUUGGUGAAUCACGAAUUCAGUGUUCUGGAGAUCAUGUGGACUUUCUCGAUCUACCUUGAGGCGGUCGCUAUCAUGCCUCAACUUUUCAUGCUUUCGCGAACGGGAAAUGCUGAGACCAUCACCGCGCAUUAUUUAUUCGCUCUUGGACUCUACCGUGCCCUCUACAUUUUCAACUGGUUCUACAGAUAUCAAACCGAGUCCUUCUUUGAUCCAAUUGCAACAGUGGCUGGAGUCGUCCAAACAGUGCUUUAUGCUGACUUCUUCUACCUAUACAUUACUAGAGUGCUGAGAUCAAACCGACAAUUCGAGAUGGGAGCU